GCAAGAUCCUAAAAUCUGCCUUCGGCGUCUCAUUCCCCCCCAUAGACAAUGGGCUUCUCAACCUCCGAGCUGCCCUUACUCGCCGCCGGCCCAAGGCAUGGGAAAAGGGGCCCCACGCCGGCUCCGCUGCGCUCGGACUUGUCCGAACUCCAUGCCCGCGAACAGCCGGAGGUACGGCAUCCAUCAGCUACAGCCAGUCUCCUCAACUAUUUUCCAACAAUAAUCCUCGAUCUAGAACGUAUACAAUACAUAUGACCAGAUGGAAAGAUGAGCAACCGGAUUUGCGGACUGUUUGUCUCUGUCCGGAAAAUUCAGACCUCCGCUUCACCGUGCGGGGCGAUCGUUGCAAGGUCGGUUUCGGCAUAAGGAUUUCUGAUGCGAGUAUUUCGGUUCGGCCUGAUUACUGUCUCCACGAUAUGGAUCGCCUUCGGGGGUGGCUGCAUGCUGUAUGGGGCAACUCCGCAUCAGAUCUUAGCUCGAAUAUUUCUCGUUUUGUGUGUAUUUGUCACACGCAAUAUGCCGAGAAGACGUGGAGGACAGAAGAAGAUCGAAGAUGUGUUCCUCCUCCCGCCGAACGUUUGUCAGAGGUUCAUUCUUCUCUAUACCUGCGCUCGGUUGACGGCAGGCAUGAAUCCGCCAGGAACACUGCAAACCGUCUUCCAUCUGCACUGCAUCAAUUGAUGGCCCACUACUGGAAUCUCGAUGAAAAAGACAGCUCUUUGUCAUUGUUAUUGACUCGCUCAUUCAGGGGUGCAACAACCGCGUUGCUGUUGCAAGCCUCCGGAAACCUCGGAGGUCCUGUUUGAACGCUAUAAAGAUGGGCCAAAUAUGGCACUCUCAUUUCCGUGGCAACCCCGUGUCUCCGACUCUCUAGCUCUCUCUAACCACACCGUUUGCUCUGCCUUUCAAGAUGCGAUUCGCAGCUCGCCUCACUAUUGCGGUCUCCGUGAUCACUGGUGCGCUGGCCUUGCCUCAGAUCAUGUCGAGCGAGACCUUCGUCUCUACUCCUUCCAUUACUAUUACUCCUUCCAUCACCAUUACUCCUUCCAUUACUGUUACUCCUUCCACUACUAUUCCUUUGACAGACGAGAACCCUCACCCGACGAGUUCGGUUUCCUUUGUUUCUGAACCUACUUCGAUCAUCAGCUUUGUUUCCGAACCUACUUCGACCAUCAGCUUUAUUUCUGAACCUACUUCGACCAUCAGCUUUAUUUCGAUCCCCAGCUCGGCUUCGAUCCCGAGUGGUAGCGGUCCUCAUACGGUGCCCACUGGUCCGCACACGGUAGCCACAGCGGGUGGUCCGCACACGGUAGCCACGGCUAGUGGUCCGCAUACGGUAGCCACAGCUAGUGGUCCCCACACGGUAGCCACAGCUAGUGGUCCCCACACGGUAGCCACAGCUAGUGGUCCCCACACGGUAGCCACUGCUGGUGGUCCGCACACGGUAGCCACUGCUGGUGGUCCGCACACGGUAGCCACGGCUGGUGGUCCUCAUACGGCGCCCACAGCGGGUGGUACCGGCCCUGAGACCACUGCUAUCAAUUGA